AUGGCUGCUGCUACCGGACCAGUUGCCGUAGGCACUCGAGGCACGAUCGCAACCCUCGUCAGGAAGGAAGUCGAGUAUUUCCAUGGCCUCGAACGAGAAAGCUCGAGCCUGGCACGGGAGCAGGCCUCGGGCAGGGACUCCGGGACAAGCUUCGGGUUCCUCCGUGUCGCUUGGGGAAGAAAGAAACGCAAAGGAGUCAGCGCGUUCCACCCGAGCAUCUGCUCCGUAGCACGGGUCGUGGAUAGCUACCGGACGAAUGGGAAUCGCGGGUUCAAUUAUGCUCUUCUCGAGGACGAGUUCGAGAAUGUGAACAUGUAG